UGAAGUGCUAUCUCGUCUUUGGACUACCACGUCAGUGGAAAAUAGUAAAUAUUGAGCCACGUCAGUCAAUCCAAACCCACUUUUUAUCUAACAUAUAACUACAAAUAGAUACGCGUGUUAUUGAACUUCAAAACAUACGGAUAACCUUCAGUUUGGUGUUGACGGUCGCCGGCGACGGUGCGAUUCACGCGUUAGAAAAUGAAGAUAUUAAUUUGUAUAACUCUGUUAUUAAGCAUAUUUGCUAACUACGAUGAAGCGGCAAGAAUUUUAGCAGUGUUCCCGAACCCUUCAAUCAGCCAUCAAGUGGUUUUCCGACCUUUAACUCAAGAACUAGCUAGAAGAGGCCAUGAAGUUACCGUCAUUACUACAGAUCCAGUCUUUCCUGAAGGAAAAGCGCCGGCAAAUUUGACAGAAAUCGAUGUCCAUGAUAUUUCGUACGAUAUAUGGAGGAAAAUAUUUCUGGCUUCAACGAAAGGAAAUAAAGAUGAUGUGGUAUUAGCCAUGACUGCUAUAGUAACUGCAUUAACUGCAGUAGUAGAUGUUCAGCUAAAAGACGAAAAAGUGCUAAAUUUGAUUCGUGAUAAAAGCAAGAAGUUUGAUCUCUUACUCGUGGAAGCAUGUGUGAGACCAGCCUUAGUAUUUUCUCAUAUAUACAAAGUACCAGUGAUUCAAAUAAGUUCGUUUAUGGCCACAUUUGAUAAUUACGCUAACAUUGGGGCACCGAUACAUCCAUUCCUGUACCCAGCUUUGACUCGACAGAGGAUUCAAAAUCUGACUAUGAUUGAGAAAAUCACGGAAUUUUAUAACGAUUUUAUGCUAAACAGAUUAUAUGACAGUAAUAUGGAAAAGGAGAACGAAAUGCUUCGUUCACAUUUUAAAGAUAUUCCUCCGAUUUCUGAAUUGAAUAAUAAUGUGGAUAUGUUGUUUCUGAAUGUGAAUCCAAUGUUUGAAGGGAUACGACCAGUGCCUCCAUCUGUAGUGUAUCUGGGAGGCUUACACCAAGUACCUCAUAAACCAUUACCAAAGGAUCUACAAACAUACAUGGACUCUUCUAAAAAUGGAGUCAUAUACGUAAGCUUCGGCACAAACGUGGAUCCAACUCAAUUCCCAGCUGACAGGAUCGAAGUUCUAGUGAAAACACUAUCUCAGUUGCCUUACGAUAUUCUAUGGAAAUGGAACGGUGAUGUUCUGCCUGGACAAACGCCUAACAUUAAGAUAGCUAAAUGGCUGCCACAGCCUGAUCUUCUCAUUCAUCCAAAACUGAAGCUGUUCAUCACACAAGCUGGCCUACAGUCCACAGAUGAGGCCAUAACAGCAGGAGUACCUCUGGUUGCCAUCCCCAUGUUUGGGGACCAGUCGUUCAACGCUGAGAGAUACGAGUACUUCAAGAUUGGCAAAAAACUAUCCAUGGAGAAGUUGACUGUGGAAGACUUUACAAAUGCUAUCAACACUGUUAUUAAUGAUAAGAGUUAUCGGGAGAACAUGGUAAAACUGCGUACCUUGAUACAAGAUGAACCAAUGUCACCUCUAGAGCGCGCCGUGUGGUGGACGGAGCACGUGCUGCGUCACGGCGGCGCGAGACAUCUGCGUGGACCUGCAGCCAACAUGUCGUGGGCAGAGUACCUCGAACUAGAAUUAGUGUUCACUUUACUAUUAGGACUGUUAGCAGUAAUUUCAGUAUUAUUUGUAAUUCUUCGAUCUCUGUACAAAAUGGUAUUUGGCAGUACUGUGACCAGUAAACCUAAGAAAGCCAAACGUAGUUAAGUAUUGGAAUUUAGGUAAUAUUUUUCACGUUAGUAAAGUUUGUAAAUAAUUAGUUUCUAAUCAAUAGGUAGUUGACUUAGGCCAAUCCGAUAUUGUACAUCAAUUGACUGAUUUUAAUAAACUGUUAAAUACAUUUGGAAGUUUUGUUACAAAGAAAU